GAUAUCAUUUCAUAAAUCACAUCUAACCACGUAAUUUCCGAGAGACGUAUUGAUAGGUGGACGAUUGGGAAGGUAGUGUAGUUAUGCCGCAGAUGGAAUAAUCCUAGCGAACGCGUUGGUUGAUAUAUAAGUAUGAUCCAUAAUCUAUUUACUUAGGGGUAACCAGGAAAAAUUUGCAAAUUACCGACUUGGGCCAACAUAUUAUUCUACUUUUCUUUUUCUUUAAAGAUAAAAGGAACUUGAAGGCUAAUACUCUAGUGCAAUAUGUCCUCUUCCAAUUUGAACGGUGCUUCAAGCAUGCCAUCUCUGCGGAAACCUGCAAGGGCCUGGUGGAAAGAGAGCUCUGUCUAUCAAAUUUAUCCGCCAUCAUUCAAGGACUCAAAUGGAGAUGGAAUCGGCGAUCUUCAAGGAAUCAUCUCAAAGCUUGACUACAUCCAGGGGCUGGGCGUUGAUAUUGUAUGGCUAAGCCCAAUAUUCAGCUCUCCACAAGUUGACAUGGGCUAUGACAUUUCUGACUAUUACAAUAUCCAUCCCCCGUAUGGGACAGUGGAUGAUGUUGACCAGCUGGCUGCUGCGCUUCAUAAGAGGGGGAUGAAAUUAGUCCUGGAUCUAGUCGCAAAUCAUACCUCUGACCAACAUCCUUGGUUUCAAGAAGCGCUCUCGUCGCCAACCAACUCCUUUCGUGAUUGGUAUAUUUGGCGGAAGCCAGUAUUUGGAACGGAUGGGAAGCCGCAGCCACCAAAUAACUGGGUUUCGUACUUCGGAGGAAGCGCAUGGGAAUAUCACGAACCAUCUGGCGAAUAUUACCUGCACUUGUUUGCUAAGGAGCAACCCGAUCUGAACUGGGAGAACCCUGACGUCCGUCGUGCUGUCCACGAUAUUAUGCGGUACUGGCUUAAUAGGGGUGCGGAUGGCUUCCGCAUGGAUGUUAUCAAUUUUAUCAGCAAGGAUCAGCGCUUUCCUAAUGCACCUAUUACCAGUGCUGGUCCAUGGCAGAAGGGUGCUAAAUACUAUGCGUGUGGGCCGAGACUUCAUGAAUAUCUUCAGGAGAUCGGCCAGAUCUUGAAAGAGUACGACGCGUUUUCGGUCGGAGAAAUGCCCGAAGUGGAUGACUGUGAUGAAAUCAUCAAAGCUGUUGGCCAUGACCGUGGUGAACUAAGCAUGAUUUUCCAUUUUGAAAUCGUCUCCCUUGACCACGGAGUCGGUGGAAAGUUUACUCCUAAAUCUUGGAACAUGGAUGAACUAAAGCAUGCGGUGUCAAAGUGGCAGACGUUCAUGCACUCCCAACAAGGGUGGAACGCACUGUAUCUUGAGAACCACGAUCAGCCUCGUAUUGUCUCUCGUUUUGGUUCCGACCAGCCAGAACAUCGUGCCUUGUCCGCUAAGAUGCUGGCUACAUUCUUAGGCUUUCAAAGUGGAACGCUUUUCAUUUACCAGGGCCAGGAGCUUGGCAUGCCAAAUGUGCCCAGAUCUUGGAACAUUGACCAAUACCGAGAUAUUGAAACGUUAAACCAUUAUCAGAGCGAGCUCAUUACGGGCGGCUCGCCUGAGGUGAGCCUUACCGAGUAUCGGUUAAAAUCUAGAGAUAAUGCACGCACGCCGAUGCAAUGGGAUGCUUCAACUCACGCGGGAUUUUCGGCAGCCCAACCCUGGAUCGCGGUGCAUGACGAUUAUCAAAACCUCAAUGCUGCGAUACAGGUCAAGGACAAGGAGAGUGUGUACCAGUUUUGGGCUAAUGUCUUGCGACUGCGAAAAGAAUUCCCCGACAUUCUGGUGUACGGCUCGUUUGAGCUCGUUUCCAGCGAACAUCCUGAUGUGUUUGCUUACGUACGGACCUCAGAGACGGGAUUGGCUGUAGUUGUCGCCAAUUUCCGCUCACAGGAAGUGAGUUGGUUCCCCCCACCAACACUCAGUCAUCGGGUCGGUCCUGGAAACGUUAUCCUGAGUAGCUAUCCCGACCGCGCCAUCCGCAGUUUCUCCGGGCAGGAAAUUCGUCUCCGCCCAUUAGAGGCAUUUUUGUGGCUGGGAGGGACCGAAAUGCCUCAUCUGUGAUUAGUAGCUCACUCGAAGAAGUCCAUGCUAUGUGUAUGACCAAUUAUUACCAAAUAUCAAACAUCGCGGAUGAAUCCUG